AGCUUAUCUGACCCGCCUUGCCAAGUGCUUCCAUUGCGUAAGCGCGCGCUCGGCUACACACAUCCACACUUACAAGUGCGUGCUCCGUGACCACCGGCGCACCACACGCAUCGCCCCAUUGAAGAAACCACGUCAGCAGCUUGUGUUCCAGCGGCUUGUGUUCAUGUCCCAACAAGAUGGCGUUGAAGUGCCAGAGCUCCCCGCACGCAAGUCGGCGAGAGUGGAGAAGGCCCCGCGGCUCAACCCCGACCCGAUGUACUGCAGCUACUAUGUAAGUCGUAAACACCGUUUCUGCCGCACCGAGUGCAAGGCCGGCUCUCAUUACUGCUGCACACACAACGGGACGCACGCCGCUGAUGUUGGUCGGGAGCCGGUUGACGCAAAGAGCGGUUCAGGGGACCCGGAAAGCUCUUCCCAGGGAGCUGAAGGGGCCAAAAGCUCCGGCGAUGUGCGAGUGGCGUGCCCCAUCAAUCCAAACCACACAGUAUACGCCUCUCGCCUGGAGAGGCACGUGAAGGUGUGCCCAGACCUGCGAUUUGUGCCGACGCAGCUGCCGUACUUCAGCGAGGACAAACACGCCAACAAUGGGGCCGCCUUCGUCGCGUCAGCGGCGGCAAACAACACGGGAAAGGCGACCGCACGACGCACCCACCGCGACCUGUCGCACGACGAUCUCACGCAGCUGAUGGUCAAAGUGGCGGACUGCUACCGCACCUGUGUGGAGCCGGAAAUCGUUGUGAUGCCGUCCUGCGACACGCCCAGCACCGGCGCUGAAGAGCCAAAGGGUGAGAGCGCAACUGCUUUCACCUCUUCCCCUCCUCCGUCGCUCAGCGAAUCGGGUACGACACCCCUCCCCCACGCUGAGUCAACCUCGCAGAAGCAUGGGCCGCAGCACACCGCGUUGCUGCGUUGCCUCAGCGAUGUCGUGUUGCAGUCACACGACGCGGACUCGAUCGUGACGCAGUACUUAAAACUACAGCCCGGUCGACGUGCCAAUUUCCACUGUAUGGCGACGACGCCGAUACACGUCGAUGGCUUUUUGGAGUUUGGCGCUGGCAAGGGCGGACUCUCGGUGGCGCUGCAGCAGCUCAUCGUGCAGCAUCUGCCUCCCUCCAACUCGGAGACAGCAACCCAGAAUGAGGCGGCGACUUCGACAGAAAGUGCCACCGCAUCAGAGCCGUCGUCUGCACCACCGACGUUAUGGCCUUUUCUCAAGGAGGUGGCGGCGCGGCCUCCGUUGGUGGUGCUGGAUAUGGACGGCUUCCGCCGCAAAGGGGAUGCGCGGGUGCGGCACUCCGCCGUACCGCUGCGCCGCCUCCGCCUCAACAUCAAAGACGUUGACUUGACGCAGGCCUUCCUGACGGUGAUUCACUCACCCACUUCCUCGAAUAUGGUAGGAGAGGAUGAGGCCGCCGCCGCUGCUGCUGCGGUGGUGGCUGACGAGACGAGCGGUCCUUCCCCGCACCGUCGAACAGAGCCGUCCAUGGAGAACUGGGCCGUGUUGGGCAAGCACCUCUGUGGCGCGUGCACCGACUUCGCUCUCUCCUGUCUCAUGGAGGCGCCGUCGCUCUCGCACGACGCGCACGUGCGGUUGCCCAUCGUUGUCAUCGCCACCUGCUGCCAUCACCGGUGCGAGCUGCGACACCUCAACCCGCCGGUGUCCUUGGCGACGGCGACGACGACGGAGGCGCCUGCGAUGCUGACGCUGCCCGGGUCCGACUUUACGUGGUCGGAGGACGAGUUCGCUGCUCUGGCGAGUAUGUCCUCGUGGGCUGUGUGUGGCGGAUUCGUGGACGAGGCGAGGCGCCUCGUGGGGCGGCAGUGCAAGCGCAUCAUCGAUCAGCUGCGGGUGCACUUCCUGCGUCGCGUGGGCUACGCGGCCUUUCAGUGUCAGUACACUACCCGCGGCGUCACGGAGGAGAACGUCUGCGUUGUCGCCUUCCGGAAAUGA